AUGAUGCCCAAGUGGAAUCUUCUGUGCAGCCGGGUUAAUGUUCUUACGUCGGAUCGAUCCACCACCACUACAGAGCAUCGCACCACAACCACAAAGGCUCCAACCACAACCCCGGAGCGUCGCACCACCACCACGGAGCGCCCAACUACCACCACGGAGCGUCGCACCACAACCACGGAGCGCCCAACUACCACCACAGAGCGUCGCACUACGACUACUCCUGGUGGAGAUGUGUGUGGUGACUUGACUGCGACACGUGACUUCCUUGGCAACCUCAUCUUCUGCGGUCAGUCUGGCCAUGCGUGCCCAGGUGGAAGCUUCUGUGGCAGCCGGGACUACUGCUGUGACCGUGCGGAGCCAUCCACCACCACCACGGAGCGUCGCACCACAACCACAAGGGCACCAACCACAACCACGGAGCGUCGCACCACAACCACGGAGCGCCCAACUACCACCACAGAGCGUCGCACUACGACUACUCCUGGUGGAGAUGUGUGUGGUGACUUGACUGCGACACGUGACUUCCUUGGCAACCUCAUCUUCUGCGGUCAGUCUGGCCAUGCGUGCCCAGGUGGAAGCUUCUGUGGCAGCCGGGACUACUGCUGUGACCGUGCGGAGCCAUCCACCACCACCACGGAGCGUCGCACCACAACCACAAAGGCACCAACCACAACCACGGAGCGUCGCACCACCACCACGGAGCGCCCAACUACCACCACGGAGCGUCGCACCACAACCACGGAGCGCCCAACUACCACCACAGAGCGUCGCUCUACGAAUAUUCCUAGUGGAGAUGUGUGUGGUGACUUGACUGCGACACGUGACUUCCUUGGCAACCUCAUCUUCUGCGGUCAGUCUGGCCAUGCGUGCCCAGGUGGAAGCUUCUGUGGCAGCCGGGACUACUGCUGUGACCGUGCGGAGCCAUCCACCACCACCACGGAGCGUCGCACCACAACCACAAGGGCACCAACCACAACCACGGAGCGUCGCACCACCACCACGGAGCGCCCAACUACCACCACAGAGCGUCGCACUACGACUACUCCUGGUGGAGAUGUGUGUGGUGACUUGACUGCGACACGUGACUUCCUUGGCAACCUCAUCUUCUGCGGUCAGUCUGGCCAUGCGUGCCCGAGCGACAGCUUCUGUGGCAGCCGGGACUACUGCUGUGACCGUGCGGAGCCAUCCACCACGACCACUGAGCACCCAACCACCACCACUGAGCGUCGUACCACAACAACUGAGCGCCCAACCACCACCACUGAGCGUCGUACCACAACAACUGAGCGCCCAACCACCACCACUGAGCGUCGCACCACGACAACGGAGCGUCCGACGACCACCAGGCCGACCGAAACCACCACCGCACAUGCCACUGCCACACGGACCGACACCACCACGGAGCCCAUCACGCGCACAGAGACGCUCACAGAGACCCGAACAGAGACGAGGACGGAGACCGAGACUGGCACAACCCGUGAGCACAGCACCACAACCGCAUCCGUUACGCGUACAGCCACCACGACAGGCACGUCUCGCAUCCACUAUGUCACCGUGACGUUCCCCGAUGUGGACUUCAAGAACCUCUUCCACAGCUCCGACAGCCGCGCUGCGCUUGACUUUGCUGGCGCUGUCUGGGAGCACCUGGUGCUGGAGAAGAUUGCAGGCCCGAAAGACAUCCGCUCGAUUGACGUGACCAAAGGCCGCCAUGGCGUGGAUGUUGUCAUUGGCGUGGUGAGCCGAGCCGUGGCAAAGCGCGUUGAGCGUGCCAUCGCCGCAGAAGACGUGUGCAUUUCUGUGGAGAGCGAAGGCGUUGAGCUGUGCACUAGCGGCGAUCACCGCCCCAUCUCAACGACUACGACCACCGCUGACCCUGCCCCGGGCAAGCACAAGGACGGCAAGAAACCGAAGAAGGGCAAGAAGCCAAAGAACGGAGAUGCGAGCGGCAGCUCUGGCGACGCGACAUCCGCCUCAGGCGGCGACGACAACAGGUUCACUCUGACUUCGGGCGUCAUCCUCGGCGUUGGCGCGCUCGUGGUGCUGGUUGCCAUUGUCGCUGUCCUGGUUGCCCGCCGUCGUGCCAAGCGUCGUGAGUCUCUGCGGUCUGAACAUUUUGCCUUCAGCGACCACCGCAGCCGCAAGUCCAGCACAGCCGCACUGUCCGCGGCGCUCCGCUCGCUCAGCGGAACAGAUUUGUCCUCACCGGUGUACUCACAGCCGCACAAGAGCCACUCGUCCUCCAUCACGACGGCAGAGCUCUCAUCUGUCGCAGAGUACGCGGCAGCCGACCAUGCGGACUACGACACGGCCAGCUAUGCCGGCUACGACGAGGCAAGCAACGCUGGCUACGACGAGGCAAGCAACACUGGCUAUGACGAGGCAAGCAACACUGGCUAUGACUUCGCCAGCAACCCCGCAUACAGCCGUGCAGGGUACGAUUACGCCAACGCAGGGGCUUACAGCAGCACAACGUACGACAGGGCUGAUUAUGGCAGCGUCGAUGACGAUGAUCGCAAUGACGGUGGUGAUGUGUUUGGCCGUCCAGAGAAGGCAGAUGUGCUGUCACGCCAGCGCCGGCUGUCUCGCUCCAACAUGCUUGCUCCACGCCGGAACGAGCUGUACACCAAGAACGCACCAAAUAUGUCGUCUGCCCCGAACAAGCAACAACAGCCCAACAAGAAGCGCAUGCUCGUGCUUGACCCUGAUGCUCUUGACCUUGCCGGUGACAUCAGUGACGCCAAGCAGCAAAUGCAACCCGGAGCCCCAGAUAACGCUGCUGACUCUCCCUACAUGGACAUGCAGGAACUUCAGCGCCAGCUGCCACAGACGCCAGCGGAGGAGCAGGAGCUGAAGUCGAUUCUGUCGCGGGCACGAGCUGCGACACCGACGUCUGCACAACUGCGCCACAGAACCCCAACGCCAGCGUCUGAUGUGUAG